CGGCCCGGCCGGGGGCGGCUGCGCAGUGCGGCGCCGGACUGGAGGCAGUUAACCGUCGCGGCGUCCGGUCAGUUCCGUGUUUACACGCCCACCCCGGGGAGUGAGAGCGGUGCGAGGCGCAGCAGGGAGCCUUCUCGCAGCGUAGUAAGAGCUCUCCGGCCCCUCCGAACGGGGGGUCCCUCGGGCCCCCCAGCAGGGAACGCUUCCCUCUCCCCCCCUCCUCCUCAGACAUACAGUAGCGGGGGGUGCUGCCCCCCAUCCCCGCAGAAGAGCUCUCUAGCCCUUCCCCCACCCAGCAAGGGUCUCUUCUGCCUCCCGCAGCAGGGGUGCUGCUUCCUUCAACCAGCAGAUCUCUAGCUUCCCUCCCCCACUUAACAGGGGCGCUCACCCCCCCCCCCCCGCCCCGCCACGGCAGAGGGUGCUCUCCCCUUUACCCGCCAAGCAUCAGGGAGUCUCUGAUCCCUCCACCUCACCGUCAGGGAGUCUCCCUUCCCUGCGGGAUGUUCUCCAGAAGGAGCCAUGCCGAUGUCAAGAAAUCUACACAGAAAGCUCUGGACCCAAAGAAGGACGUCCUGACCCGCCUCAAGCACCUCAAAGCGCUGCUGGAUAUUGUCGAAGGAAGUGACCUGAAGCAAUUUUUUGAGAUCAACUAUUCUCAAAUUUAUUUUAUCUUCUAUGAAAAUUUCGUAACACUGGAAAAUAGCUUGAAACAAAAAGGGAAUAAAUCACAAAGGGAGGAGCUGGACUCCAUUCUGUUUCUUUUUGAAAAAAUAUUACAACUGCUACCUGAGAGGAUAUUUUAUCGAUGGCAUUUCCACAGUAUAGGGUCAGUUUUGAAGAAGCUUUUGCACACUGGAAACUCUAUUAAGAUAAGACGUGAAGGAAUCCGACUGUUUCUUCUUUGGCUUCAAGCACUUCAGACAAACUCCACAGAGGAGCAAAUGUUAAUUUUUGCAUGCCUAGUGCCUGGUUUUCCAGUGAUCAUGUCAUCAAGAGGUCCCUGUACACUGGAUACACUCAUUAGCCCUACUCCUAAUUUGCCUGAUGCAAAGAUUUAUCCUGAAGAGGUAACCCCACUUCUGCCAGCUGUCUCUGGUGAAAAGGUUGCUGAGGACCAAACCUGCUAUUUUCUUCAGAUAUUGUUAAAGUAUAUGGUAAUCCAGGCUGCAAGCUUAGAGUGGAAGAAUAAGGAGAACCAAGACACUGGUUUUAAGUUUCUCUUCGCCUUGUUUAGAAAGUAUUAUCUUCCUCACUUGUUUCCAUCUUUUACAAAACUAACCAGCCUCUACAAACCUGUCCUUGAUAUUCCUGACUUGAGGCCAAAACCAGCAUACAUUACUGCAAUUCGGAAUAAUGAGAACAUCUACAGCACGAAAAUCCCAUUCAUGGCUGCUCGUGUUGUUUUUAUUAAAUGGCUUGUAACCUUCUUUCUCGAAAAGAAGUACUUAACUUCAGAGCAGAAUAGUAAAAAUGGAGGAGAAAUGCUGCCUAAAAUCAUUCAGACUGUUGGUGGUACAACUCAAGAUAAAAACCCCGAGCUGGAAACUAGUGUGCUAUCAGAGCAAGAGAAAAAUCAUUCCAAUAGCAGCACUUUGUCUGAUAGGCGACUCAGUAACUCCAGCUUUUGCAGCAUUGAAGAACAACAUCGGACAGUGUAUGAGAUGGUACAGAGAAUUCUGUUGUCCACUCGAGGUUACGUCAAUUUUGUUAAUGAAGUAUUUCGCCAAGCUUUUUUGUUGCCAUCCUCUGAUAUAUCUGCAACACGGAAAGUGGUUAAGGUAUAUAAAAAGUGGAUAUUGCAAGACAAGCCUGUGUUCAUGGAAGAACCAGAUAAACAAGAAAAUAUUCAAGAUAAUGUGUCCAACUUGGAACAUACAGAGACAGAUUGCAAACAUCUUGCCUCUGGUCAUUCUGGACAUAAAAGAUCUUCCAGUUGGGGAAGAACUUACUCCUUCUCUAAUGCUGUUAGCAGAGGAUGUGUACUAGAAGACGAAGACAAGAACGUUAAGGCUGGUGCUCAGGCUGCAUUACAGGUGUUUUUGACGAACUCUGCAAAUGUUUUUUUAUUGGAACCAUGUACUGAAGUCCCUGCUCUCCUGAAGGAGCAAGUUGAUGCUUGCAAAGCAGUUUUGAGUAUUUUUAGGCACAUGAUAAUGGAACUUUCAAUGAAUAAAAAGACAUGGGAACAGAUGUUACAAAUACUCCUGCGAAUAACAGAAGGUGUCAUGCAGAAGCCAAAGGAUAACCAAGUAAAGGACAUGUUUGCUCAAAGCUUGGCAGGAUUACUUUUCAGGACUCUUAUUGUGGCUUGGAUCCGAGCAAAUCUGAGUGUUUACAUUUCUCGAGAACUCUGGGAUGAGCUGCUCAGCAUACUGUCUUCCCUUACUGACUGGGAGGAGCUGAUAACUGAAUGGGCCAACAUCAUGGAUUCUCUAACGGUGGUGUUAGCAAGAAUGGUAUAUGGAGUUGAAAUGACAAACUUACCACUGGAUAAACUAAGUGAGCAAAAGGAAAAAAAACAAAGAGGCAAAGGUGGCAUCUCAGAUCCUCAAAAGACAACUACAAUGGGACGAUCGUUUUCAUUAAGCUGGAGAAGUCAUCCUGAAGUUGCGGAACCAAUGAGAUUCAGGAGUGCUACUACCUCUGGAGCACCCGGAAUUGAGAAAGCAAGAAACAUAGUCCGACAGAGAGCAACAGCUAAGCGAAGCCAGUCUAUCAGCAACUGUGUUCAUCUUUAUGAGGCUUUGCCAGCCACUAAAAGUGUACCUCUUCUGCUUCACACUGUGAGCUCUCUCUUACCUGGUAUCUCUUACACUUCUUGCUCUCACAGACUUUCAGAAGUUGAAGAAGCUCAACAAUCAGAAAAUACAACAGGACCAGAGUCGAGUGGCCUCUUUGCAGACCAGGACCAGCAACUAACUCGAAGCAGUAGCACUUCAGACAUUAUAGACCAAUUUAGUUCUGAUUUUUUUCAAGAUAAAAAGACUGAGAGUUCGCAGAAUUUAAAUUGUGUGGAUUCCAAAUCCAUUCAAGACAAGAAAGGAUGUAUGAAGAAAGAAAAUGAAGCCCAACACGUUUUAAUACGAAGGAGCAGCAGUCCAGCUGAGUUAGAUUUGAAAGCAGACUUGCAGCAGUCACAUGGAAAUCACAGAGAAAGAGAAAUGAGUGAAAGUGUUAGCAGUGACACGUUCAUUGGCUACAAUAAUGAAGUAGAGAUCACCCUGGUCCCCUGGCAAACAUGUGAAGAAGAACAUGAAGUUAAUAUACCAACAGAUGUUUGUGUAGAUGCAGAUGCACGUCAUUGGCUGCAGCUUAGUCCUUCAGAUGCUGCAAAUUUAACAGACAGCAGCGAGUUCCUUGCUGAUGACUGCAGUAUAAUUGCUGGUGGAAACCUCAUAGGUUGGCAUCCUGAUUCAGCUGCUGUAUUAUGGAGAAGGAUCUUGGGAAUUCUUGGAGAUGUGAAUAAUAUCCAGUCUCCUAAAAUCCAUGCCAAAGUUUUUGGGUAUCUCUAUGAACUAUGGUACAAACUGGCAAAGAUAAGGGACAAUCUUGCUAUAAGUUUGGACAACCAGUCUACACCUUCUCCUCCUGUUUUAAUUCCACCUCUCAGAAUAUUUGCAGCAUGGUUGUUCAAGGCAACAACCUUGCCAAAUGAAUAUAAAGAAGGCAAACUUCAAGCAUACAGGUUGAUCUGUGCUAUGAUGACUAGGCGCCAAGAUGUUUUGCCAAAUUCUGAUUUCCUAGUGCAUUUUUAUCUCGUGAUGCACAUUGGCUUAACUAGUGAAGAUCAGGAUAUUUUAAAUACCGUCAUAAAACACUGCCCAUCUUGCUUUUUCUUCUUGGGUUUACCUGGUUUUACAAUGCUGAUAGGAGACUUCAUCACAGCUGCAGCCAGAAUCCUUAGUACAGACAUGUUGGAGGCCCCUCGGUCAGAAGCUCAUACCAUUCUUGGUUCUCUUGUUUGCUUUCCAAAUAUCUACCAAGAAAUCCCUCUAUUACAACCCAUCAGUGAAGCUGAUGAAAUCAUCGCAGGAGCUGCAGAUGUCAAAUGUUACCUCAUAAAUAUUCUGUUGAAGAAUGCCACAGAUGAGCCCAGUGAAACUGCAAGGUGUAUAGCUGUUUGCUGCCUUGGAGUUUGGAUAUGUGAAGAACUAGUACAGUGCACAAACCAUCCUCAAGUGAGGGAUGCAAUAAAUGUUAUAGGUGUAACGCUAAAGUUUUCUAAUAAACUGGUAGCCCAGAUAGCCUGUGAUGUUCUUCAACUGCUAGUUUCUUACUGGGAAAAGCUUCAGAAGUAUGAAUCCUCUCUAUCCAGGAAAAUUACUGAGAUUCUUGUGGCCACCAUUGCAUUUCUUUUGCCAAGUGCUGAAUACUCCUCUGUAGAAACAGAUAAAAAGUUUAUAGUUUCAUUAUUACUUUGCUUGUUGGAUUGGUGCAUGGCACUACCAAUGAAAACCUUACUAGAGCCAGUAUCUACUGUUCUGGAAGAUCAACAUUCCUCCAAAGCUCCCUUACUGGAUUACGUAUAUAGGGUGUUGCACUGUUGCGUUUAUGGUUCAAGCACAUAUACGCAGCAAAGCCAUUACAUAUUGAGCCUUGCAGAUCUCUCAUCUAAUGACUAUGAUCCAUUUUUGCCAUUGGGAAAUGUCAAGAAUUCUGAGCCAGCACACUCCCAUUCCACUCCAGAUUUGGGAAAUCUACUCACUGUUGUUGAAGAAAAAAAAAGAAGAAGCUUGGAAUUAAUACCUCUAACUGCACGGAUGGUUAUGACACAUCUAGUAAACCACUUAAGUCACUAUCCCCUCAGUGGAGGACCUGCCAUUCUUCACAGCCUUAUUAGUGAGAAUCAUGACAACUUUUAUGUGGAAUCUUCUGAGCUGUCUUCAGAAGUCUUCAGAAGUCCAAACUUGCAAUUAUUUGUAUUUAAUGACAGUACUCUUAUAUCUUACCUUCAAAUUCCUGCAGAAAUGACUGUGGAUACUGAGCCAGCAGGAGUCCUCUCAGAUGUAAGAGUAAUUGUCAGAGAUAUCUCAGGGAAAUAUUCUUGGGAUGGCACGAUAUUAUACGGACCUUUGGAAGGCUGUCUAGCACGUCAGACUGAAAAUAAUUCAUUUGUGGUUUUGGGCAGUCAUGAAGGGCAAUUUGAGGCCCAGGCAGAAUUUUCUCAAACAGAAGAAGGAGAGGAUGCUCUUAAUGAAUUGCUAGAAAAGAUUGGUAACACUAGUCCUGAAUGCCUUUUACAUCCACAGCUAAAAUUAAAUGAGCCAUCACCACCACCAUUUGGUAUGAGCCAUGUUCAAGAGAAUGAGAUCAUAGAAGCCAUAAUAAGGCAGAGUGCCCAAGAAAACGAGCAUGUACGUAAAUGCAGUUCUGAUCUUGAUAUGAACAUAGCGAGUGAAGAAGAACCAAGUUCUGCUGAACCACAAGCACCAUUUUAUUUCUGUAGGCUGUUGCUAAACGACUUAGGAAUGAAUUCUUGGGAUAGAAGAAAAAGCUUUCAUCUACUUAAGAAAAAUUCUAAAUUAUUGAGAGAGUUGAAAAAUCUGGACUCCCGUCAAUGCCGUGAAACUCACAAGAUUGCAGUGUUUUACAUUGCAGAAGGACAAGAGGACAAAUGCUCAAUAUUGUCCAAUGCAAGAGGAAGCCAACCAUAUGAAGAUUUUGUUGCUGGAUUGGGCUGGGAGGUUGAUCUUUCAACACAUUGUGGAUUUAUGGGUGGUCUGCAACGUAAUGGCAGCACAGGACAAACAGCACCGUAUUACGCUACCUCUACUGUGGAAGUCAUUUUUCAUGUGUCCACAAGAAUGCCGUCAGAUUCUGAUGAUUCACUGACCAAAAAGCUUCGUCACUUGGGAAAUGAUGAGGUUCACAUCGUCUGGUCUGAGCACACCAGGAACUACCGCAGGGGUAUUAUACCAACAGAUUUUGGAGAUGUUUUAAUUAUUAUUUAUCCAAUGAAGAAUCACAUGUUUUUCGUAGAGAUAAUGAAGAAACCAGAGGUGCCAUUUUUUGGUCCUCUGUUUGAUGGAGCAAUAGUGACUGCAAAACUGCUGCCAAGCCUUAUAUGUGCCACAUGCAUCAAUGCCAGCAGGGCUGUGAAAUCUCUCAUACCCCUCUACCAGAGCUUUUAUGAGGAAAGAGCUCUGUAUCUUGAAGCAAUAAUCCAGAAUCACAAAGAAGUAAUGACAUUUGAGGAUUUUGCAGCUCAGGUCUUUUCUCCCUCUCCUAGCUACUCUCUCAGUGGAACUGGCUGUCUCACUAUGAGUGCAAGUGCUGAUCUUACUGUAACCACAGGAAUAGAGUUAGCAGAGCAGACCUCUCCAACACUACCCAAUGCCACGAAAAACAAAGCCUCUGGGAAACUUCGGCACUCUGCUAGUGCUCUCAGCAAAUCUUCAAAUUAAAGCACUUUGGAAAGGGAAGCCUAUUCAAGGGAAUUUGAAAAAAAAAUCGGAAUAAAAUAAUUUACUGUAUCACUAGAACAUUGCUACAUGCUUUGGAUGAGCAUAUAAGGAAGUGUACAGUUCCCUUAUGUGGCAAAACUUAAAUUAUUGAUGGACAGCUAUCACUUGAUUUACCUGUCAUGCAUUACACUUGAUUAUUGUUGUCACCAAAAUAACUAUGUCAAAACUGGAUCUUUUUCAGUGUGUGAGGCAUUUAACUGAUGUGGGGUAACUCACUUAUUUUCCCUUAGAAUCUGUAGAUGCAAGUACAGCUGUCACAGGAAGAGGAUGCAAAGCAAGUAUUGAAACCAAUUAUUUAAUUUACUUUCAUUGUGUUGAUCGUUUAAUCAUUCCAAUGAUAGUUUAACACCUGUGUGUAUAUUAGCAAAUUUUGUCUAAAUGGAAAACAAGUUUUCAUUUAAUUAAACAUGAUGGACUUUUUCUCUUAAGUGUGGGUGAAUGACUUGGGUGCUUUUCAGUAUGUCAUCAAGUGCUCCCUUCCUUUUCUGUUUUGAAUUGAUACCCCAGUACAGUUUUUGUGCAUAAAAACCAUAAGUAUCAAAUAGCUGUUUUAAGUAAUUUAUUUGUAAUCUAGGAAAGUGCUGCUAAUUGCAUAAAUCACCAAGACCUGGAUUAAAGUCACUUGGCUUAAUCUUGCCCUUUUAUUCAAGGGUGCAUGUCCCCAUUCAUUUAGUAAAAUCCUGAAAUUGAGCUUGCGCUGACCCCCGCAGGAUUGGGCCCUUUGUGGGAUGCUGCAUAUUAACAUCCCAGAGAGCAGAAUUAGGACCCCUGCAUUCUAUCUCUUAUUGUUGGUUAUAACCAUCACAUGCCAAUGCUGGUAAAUUUAAGGGUUUGCGGUUUGGGCUUUUCUGGUAUCUUAACAAAGAUUCAUACUUAUACCAUAAAAUGUAAUACAGGUUAGAGAUGUUAACCUGUACAGUUUGGGUUCAUACCAUUUUAGUUUGUGUCUGUCCAUUUAUUUUUUGAUAGAAAUCUUCUUUUGCAGCACUAUCUUUGGACAUAGGGUCAUUUUGUCAUAUGAAAUGUUGCAUGUGAUUAAUGCAUAAUGUGAGCUAAUCACUUUUUUCUGUUUGUGUGAAAAAAAUAAAAUGACCAGUGAUUUCAUUUAGAAAAGCAAAUAUUGCACAUUUGCAAUAACUACUUUUCAACCAGAUUUGUGUAACUGGGAGCCAGUACACAUCCUCAGUAGCCACACUGACAUAGCACAUCAACAGCGCAAUAAUCUGCAAAUUAAAGUAUCCCUAGUUAGUCCUAGAUAUUGUAAUAACCUUCCCAGGAUACAUUACAUUGUGUUCUUUUGGUGAUCUGCAUAUUGUGCAAAUGUUUUGGAUAUAAAAAAACCUCAGUACAACUUCAGUGAAUAGUGGUUUUGAGGAGUUAAGGGGAAAUUUUUGUACUUUUAGAAAAUUAAUAUUACCAUAAAAGCAAGGAAAAUAAGAGACACACACUGUAACCACUUAAACACUUAAUAGAAGGUAGGGAAUUCAGAUUUAAGGCUGAAAUUCUGUCAUCCAUUAUGACUUUGUAUUGCAAAGGUCUGUAAACAGAAGUUGAUUUUCCAUAUAAUAAUGCUGUAAUACCUAGGAACAACAGGGUAUGAAAUGGCGGAGUUUCAAAACUGAAUUUCCUGACCCUUUUUUUGUUUGAUGGAGAGACAGGGGGCAGUUGUCAGACACCUAACGUUACCGUAAGUUUGUUUUUUGACAUUUUGGCUACUAGUGUUAGUAUAUAUGUCUGAUUUUUGUAUCAUACCCCUGUAAUCUUCCUAAUCUUCCUCAGGUCUAGUUAACAUAGUCUCUGUUUGUUUGUGUUUAUUAAGCUGGAUGCACACCUGAAAAACUUAAUGUGACUUCUUACCUGAACUGAAGGGGAGCUACUUUAAGUAAAGCUAAAUGCACCAUUGGGUCGCCAUUUUUAUUUGGGCUUUUUGUUUUUGCACUCAGUUUCUGUGUAUACAUUAAGUGAAUGUUUAUUUUCACGUUCACAGUGAUCUGUGCUUAUUCUCUGUAAAUAAUGAAUGCUAUUUGAUAAAUCUUUACAGUAAUAAGUUAUAGCUUGGCAUUUUGUUAUUGACUUUUUGUAUUAGUUUAUUUGGGUUCUAGUGGUAACCAGUUUAUCAGGAAAAAUUAAAAUGGGAUGCACUCAUUAUCCAGAGCAGAAACUAGAAAUUGUUACUUGUGAUGUUAGUACAUAGUCUACACUAGCUAGCAUGUACAGGUAAAUGCAGCCAGCCUCCUGGCACAGAGCAUAAUUGAAUUGCUGACAUUUCUGAUUGCCAUUUGACUUUCUGUUCAAACCUUGUUCUUUGCAACUUUCUGAUUGUGUGUCUAUAAAAUAAGUUAGAAAAAAAUGUGUAUUGCAUUAUCUAAUGUGUUUUCAUUUUAAUCAUUGUUGGGUAAGGAGUUACUGUGCUUAGUUACCCAGUAAAAUGUGUGUCAAAUACACACCAGGUGGAGUAGCUCAAAGAGCAUUUUUCUGAAUGAGACAAAAUAUUUCCUUCUAAAACGACACCAAUCUCUAAUGCAGGGAAGAAUGAAAGCGCAGAAUUAUUAUUUCCCUGUUAUAAAAAAGUGUAUUUUCUUCUUUAAAAAAUGAAAAUUAGAAUCUGAGGGUUUCGGUAGUAUAAAACAAACAAGUACACCCUUUUCUUAACUCCUCAGAAAUCUGUUAAAUCUCAGUUCACUGCAUAAUUCUGAUUUAAAAUAUGUUAAAUGUAAAAAAUGUAUCUUUGUGAUAUAUACAGCUACUCUGGUCCUUUGUUUAGAUGCCAAGUUAAAACAAGGUACAUUGAUCCUGUGGCAAUGGAUUUUAUUUCCAGUAUUACAGUAAUAAAUGUAGAUUUGAAUGCAUUGGAUGAAUAUGGAUACAAUAGAGUGUCAUUUGCUUACCUGCACCAUUUUUGACCACCUGCAUUUUGGCUAAGAGAACAGAGCUAUUGGCCAAAAUUCAGACUUGGUAUAAAUAAAUGCAAUUCUCAUGGAAAGCUCCGAACAAUUUCAUUAGUGACUUCCAUGGUGAAAUAAGUUACAUAUCUGGUGUAAGUGGUAAAACAAUGUAACUGACACAGAUCUGGCAUUCCUGUAACUGAAGCUGAGUAGCAGAAUGGGCUGUAUAGCAGGAAGAACUGCUAACAUGAGGAUGUUAGGUAGGAUGUGGGAGGGUAAAUUGGACUCCUGCUGAAUACCAAAGAGUUGUACCUUUUUUCUGUCCUGCUUACACCAUUCUUAAGCCACUGGUGAAUUUGGCCUAUUGUAGACUUGACAGACAGACAAGUACACUGCUAAUCCAUAAAAGUACAGGGGACCAGACUGUUCCAUCACAUCUGCACAUGCAGGUCCUUGAGAAGUCACCUGACAGGAUGAUCAGACCCAUUUUGUAAGAGUGUAUUAUACUUUACAAAUGAGCUGGCUUCUGACAGAUGGAAGUUUUUGUUUAGCUUUUAUCAGUGAAAACUGUUCAGCUACCCGGCAACAUACUUGCCUAGUCCAGGUUCCAUUUGGCAUAAUUAAACACCAACAACUAGAUUUCAUGUAAUCUAAGGACAGUUCACUCCCUGCCCCCAUCAUAACAGUAUUUGUAUUUCCAUAAGGUUUCCUAGAAAUUUGAAAACUAAUAUUACAAAUAUGCUCAUUUCAAUAUUCAAGGGAAAUCUCCAGAACAUCUUCAGUAUCUGAUGACAUGAGAAGACCUCCAAUUAACCCUUGCAUACAGUGACAAUAAUACUAGUGUCUAAAAAUAGUUGGUAAAACUUUGGGGUGAGGGGGUCACCUUUUAUAAAUGAUGAGACUAAAGAUAUUUUUCAGUUUGUGUUGGACCAAACUCUACAACAGCUGUGGCUGAAAAUUCUCUCCAACUCCAGUUCUCUUGACAGUUUGCUUCAUAGUACCCUUAACUGGGGAAAUAAAACACUCCAGAAGUGUGUGCUGUUGUGAUGCAAGACCUUAUUACCAUAGUGCAACUCCAUUUGUCAUUUGGCUAAGGUGCUGUAGUGGAUAUAUUUUUACCAUUCAGUUGUCAGAAAGAUAAUUUACAAAAACAAGACAUCCAGGAAUUUUAUAUAUAACCUAGAUAUACCUUCAUGUGUGUUGGGUAGAUACCUUUCCCAAAGUGUAAGGGUAGUCAUAUAAUAUAAGUGAAUUGUGCUUAUGCAAUAUUUCUUUUGUAAAUGCUUGUAUUCUAACAACGGAGGGAACAAUCAUGGUAUCUUUAGAAAACUCAGGAAGCUUCCCUCCUUCAAAAUGCCGCAGUCUUCAGCGUGAAGGGGCAAUUUUGCAUCCUCUAGUAAAGCAGGAGAAUUGUGAGUCUUUUAAAAAUGCCUCCAGGAACCAAUAAGAUACAACACUUGAAGUCUCCGCUCAUUAGGAAGGGAGUCUGUUUUCCUAAUAUACAACUGGUUACAUGGAUAUUUCCACAACAGUGGCUUUGCUUUUAUCACAAGUUAUAAAGUCAGGGCUCCUGUUGCUUUUACUAGAAAAGGAUGCUUGAAGAGCCUCAAUCUUUUAUAUGUUCUCCUAUUGGGCCCAUUUGUAAUGUCCAGUAUACGGAACUGUGCAGGUGAAGUGGAAAUGGCUGUGCUUUGUAAUUUUCUUGUCUCUGAACAUACCAAACAAUCUUCCCAGUUCAUUAUCCUCACGAAAGUCAAACAGUGGAAUUUCAGAAAAUAAACUGUCCCCUCUGAGACUGGAUUCCAACGUGUCACGUACCACACUAAUCCUUUACUAGUCUACGGUCUAGGUGAUGAUCAGACCUAAGGGCCAGUGGCAAAGAUGCCCAAAGAUGUGAUGAUGCAGAGAGCCUUGCCUUCCCUUACACUCCUGGGCAGGGGCCAAGAACAAUCCCAGUGGAGAGCAUAGGCACUGUGCCCAGCUCAUGCUGACAGCAAUACUAACUUCCCAAAAGGGUGAAGGGUAAGAGCAUCCCACUCCCGGCAACCAUGCUGGCCUGGCAUGGAGCACAGUACAUGCUGCACCUUUAAACAGAGUGGCAAUGCGUCAUUGCAGCAUGUGCUUCUCCAGAGCCCCAGUUGAAUUUCCAUCUGGGGUUCAUGCUAUGCUGGAGCCUUUCCUCAGUCCCCCAGUGUGGCUAAUGGCUUAGAAAGCACAGUCCAGCCCUUAAAAGGCUUUGAAAUGUUAUCACAUCUGCAUUUGUGCUUUUAGUUUGAGAUUGAAUGAAAGAAGAAGGUACAAACUCCACAAUGCACACUUGUGUAAUCCCGUGCACAAAUGAUGCACUCAUGUCGCAUCCUGUGAUUGUUCAGAAACCAUGUCCCAGAUUAUUUAGCUUCUUAGGCACUGCCUCGCUUGAAGCCAUUUAAUACGUGCUAGGAUGAUUUCUGGGAGAAAGUGAAAACAGCCCUAUUGGUGACUUUCACUGGAUAGGGCAGUUACAACUUUUGCUCCUCUUAGAACUUGAUUGAGAAAGUUGGUUUCUCAGAUUGUUUUGGGCCUGAGUCAUGCAACUCUCACACAAGGAAGGUCAGAGUCAUCCCUCAUGUGACUGUAUCAAAAUCAAAGAGAGUCCCCAGGGGUGAAUUCACCCUAUCAGACUUGAUAAGAACUCCUCAUGGGAGCAAGGUGUAUUCACUAGGAAUACAGAGUCUGAUCCUUAUCAUCAACUAAUAAUGUUUGACAUAAUGCUUUAAAGUCCAAAAUGCAAUCUGCUGCAAUUAGCAAAGCCUCUCUCCCCUUUUGGGCAAAGCUGUAUAGCUCUUGGAUUGCCUUCAAGUGAAAUGUUCAGCAAGGCCCCUAACCAUCCAUAUGUCAGAGAGAGAUUUGCCUGAGUGAGGAGUUCCAAACUGGGCCCAGACAGGGUACUCAAGGUAAUCAAAAUGAUUCUUCAUUGGAAUGUUACAUAUUUUAUUCACACAGAUGGCUGUGUCCUUGAUGCACAUAGGCAAUUCAGACUGAAAUUUGCUCCUUUUUCAUCCCCUGCCCCUCCCCCUGCUGUCUGUAAGCCUCGCCUCCUCCAAAGGAUCUUUGACUACUGAACUUAGAGCCAGCAUUGCCACUGAUACCCUUUCUCUGGAUGAUAUUUAGGAGCAUUCAUUGCAGCACUCAGCUGCCAGUAGUAAGUACAUUUGAUCAAUAUUUUCAAAGAAAUGGCCCUUUGGAUAAGUGCAGAAGUGAGGCCCUCAUGAGAGCACUCUCACUGUAUUGAACCUGGCAAGCAUUCUCAGCUGUAGCCUCUGGCAUGGUUUGAACCAGCAGAGGCUGUGCAACAAUGGCAUUAUCUUCAGCUUCCUCUGAAGGGGGUUUUGCAGCAUUUUGCUAAUAAUAAUUACAGACCAUUACCAACCCCCAAAGACAUUAUUUAUGUACCAUUCAGUGUAAGAAAUGCUUAAUGAGAGUUCCUCCUCUUCUAAGCCUCAUAACACCUUGUUGCAGAGUGAUUUACAUGAACAUUCAAAAUGAUCUCUUUCUACUGUUGAUUUUCUACUCUACAGAGAGUUUACAUAGGAAAAUGAAGGGGGUCAGUUCUCUCAGUCAUAAUGGGAAUGCUAUGGGGGUAUUUGUUUGUUGGUGGGGAAAAGGACCCCCUAGUGUCUAUAUUGGAGAGAUUAGGGGGUGAGAGAGUUCUCUUUUAAAUAGCCUUUGGGUGAACUUUUGAUACUGAAAUGGAAAGUUAAUCCUACACAGCAGGAGAUGAAUUCUAAAGUAAUUUUGUUUGUAAAAUUGUUAGUGAGACUGUGUAAAACAUUUGUUUUCUCCAGCACUGAUGGGGAUGAAGGCCCUGAUGCUGUGCACACUUUUUUCACAUGUGAGUGACUACACACACACAUGAGUAGUCCCACUGAGUUCAGUGGGGCUAUUCACACAUGAGUGUUUGCAGGUCAGGGACCUUAAUUUGUUUAAAAAAAAUAUUUGAUAUGUUUUAAGAAAUAAGAGGGAAAUUUUCAAAGGGCAGUUAGCAAACCACCUCCUCAAUGGAAUUUGAGCAUUUAAGUUCUCUUUGUGCUUUUGAAAAUCUCAUCUUUCCUUUCCCUAUAUACAUGUAACAUGCAUGAGAUUUAGUUGAUCAAAAGGGAGAGACCCCCCCAGCCCUGCAAAAACUUGCACACCUAUUUAAGUCAAAAGUUAGCACCUAUUAAGUCUUUGCAGGAUCAGGGUCUUAACAUUGUUACUACUGUCUUGGUAUAUGUCAACGUUCCCAUCAGAAACACGCCUAUUAUCAGGAGGUUGUUGCCCGCCAUUCAUUCAGGAGUAUCUUGCUCUUGUAUGGCUCCAGAAUAUCUUUGAUGUUUACAUUUGGGUGGGUUAAUGUUAGAUAUAUAAGAAUUGGCAAAAGUACAGCGAAGGGCAGCAAAAAUGAUUAGGUGUACAAAAAAGAUUCCAUAUGAGGAGAGAUUAAAAAGACUGAGACUAUUCAGCUUAGAAAAGAAACAACUGAGGGGAAAUAUGGUAGAGGUUUAUAAAAUUAUGAAUAAUAUGGAGAAAGUGAAUAAGGAAGUGUUAUUUAUUCCUUCACAAAACACAAGAACCAGGGGUCACCCAAUGACAUUAAUAGGCAGCAGGUUUAAAACAAACAUAAGGAAAUACAUCUUCACACAAUGUCCAGUCAACUUGUGGAACUCAUUGCCAGGGAAUGUUGUGAAGGCCAAAAUUAUAAUUGGGUUCAAAAAAGAAUUAGAUAAGUUCCUGGAGGAUAGGUCCAUCAAUGGCUAUUAGCCAAGAUCCAGGACACAACGCCAUGCUCUGGGUGUCCCUAAACCUCUGACUGCCAGAAGCUGGGACUGGAUAGCAGGGGAUAGAUAACUCGAAAUUGCCCUUUUCUGUUCAUUCCCUCUGAAGCAUUUUGCAACGGCCACUGGAAGACAGGAUACUGGGCUAGAUGGACCAUUGGUUUGACCCACUAUGGCCAUUCUUAACUAAUCCAUUUGAGUAGUCAAAAGACAUGAACAGCUGAAGAAUGGUUUCAGAUACUCUAGUCCACAUUGCCAUAUGCCUGAGCUAGUGCACUUGCACAGAGGUGAGCAGUCGCUAAUUCUGUAAGAUGAACAGUACUGUAAUGUGAAUGCAGUGCUGGCUAAUUUACAGGGCAUUAAUUGUAUGUUCCAAUUGAAACUGUAUCAUUAUUUGAUCCAUAACAAGUCUCUCCACCCAUGAGAUUUUUCUUUUCUUUUUCAGCAUGCAAAAUAGCAAUAAGUUUGAUGCUCAGGUUUAAUGAUCACCUAGGGUCUCUUAACUGUGCUUCAGGCCAUUAACUUCUCCCAUUUACAUCACUCCCUGAGAAAUGACCCACAUCAUGAUCCUUAUUGCUUAAACGAUCACCCAGAUAGUGAAGAUCAGUACUGAGUCCUCUAAUGAUUAUGGGCCUGAUCCUACAAACACUUGCCACCAGACAGAGGACCUGAGCUAAAGCCCAUUCAAGUUGAUGCAGAUUCUUUCCAUAGACUUGAAUUGGCUUUGGAUCGGGCAUGUGAAGUUCCGUUGAAGUCAGUGGGGCUACUUGUGCUUUAAAUGUUUCACAGAGUAAAGGUGAACAUAAGCACUUAAGUAUGUGCUUGUCUUGAACAUUUGUGUACCCUGAAUCAGGGCCUGUAUGAUUAAUGAUAAUAGCAUAAAUGUCCCUAAAUAGAAAUGUAUACAAUAGACCAAACCUCUUAAGUCUGCCAAGUAAAUAGCAUUGUUAAAAAGAAUCUAAGUACCCACCAGAUGGAGGUGCCAGACAUUUUGAGAUUUUUUUUCUUUUGAACUAAUAUUUAAUUUACAAAUGAAAAACUAUAGAAAAGAGCAGUAAAAUGCUGGCUUAACCCAACAACGUAUGAACUGUCGCUGAUGUAUGCCGUUAACCUACUCUGCUGUACCUUGGUGUUACAGCAGAUAUGUCAUCAGUUACUACAGUGAUCCAAACUUCUAGUGGACUUUCAGCUUUAAACUGACAAAAGCCAGGCAAUUAAGAGAUAGGAGAGAAGCUUUGCUUUGCUUUGAAAUAGUUUUGUGGGUAGAUUAAGGAAAAAGAAGUCAACUUUCUAACUUAAGAAGAAAGGUGAUGUAAAAUUAACAUUUUGCACUAAUCCAUUUAAAUUCCCAGGGCAUUGUGAAAAAUAUUGAAUGUGUGUUUAUUUAUACUAGACUAUGCUAGCUUCAAAGUAGUUUUCUCUUUUCUAGAAAUAGUAACUGAUCCUUUUCUAAAAGUAAUGUUAGGCAAAGGUGUAUUAUGCUGGAGAGUAGGCACUUACUGUUACAGGAGAACCAUUUAAAAUCAAGUUUCAUAACUGAAGCGUGCAUUCUGAAAACUUUUCCAAUGUUACCUUACCUCACCUGACAUGUCACUAGGCAAAAUGUAUUGAUUAUGAGAGUGCUGUAUUCUGCAGUGGGGUUACAUGGAAGAUGUGGAACUCCUUUCUGCAUGGUUUUAGUCUUGACUUGGCUUCAAUGCUGAACAAUAAUGGAAAAAUCAGAAUCCAGAAGUACAGUCACAUUGGGAUGUCUAUACAUAUCUUAGACUGCAUAAGAUCAUCUGUUCAGUUAUAAAAAGCAGGUGCUACAAUGUCCUGUUUUGGUGCAUUUACCUGUAUUAUAACAUCUGUAAGAUGAAAACCCAUGCUUGAAGUGCCCAUCCUUCUUGUUAACAUAUCAAAAAUUUUUAUGAUGCAAAUCUGAAAUCUUUGUUAUGUGAGUUUUACAGUGAACUAAGUUUCAUUAAAAGUAUUUAAAACUGUAAUCUGA